GCUGCCGGGCAGCCACACUACAGAUUUGUUUGUUAAUAGUCCAAUUAGAUAAUUGCCAUCUUUCACUCUUUUUCCUCUCCGUUUCCCAUAAAGCAAUGAAUGGCACUCAAGGAGGGGUGCAGCUUGAAGAGGGCUUUUUGCCAGCUAAGGUGACAAGAAGGGCAAGAGACUGUUCCUUGCACUAGUCCACCACUUUGAAUUGAAUCAUUGUGGCCUAAUCAAUGGUCUUAUUGGAUUACUGGCCACUGCUGUGUUCAGAGUUAUUGUUGCACUGACAAUGAAAAUAGCUAAGAGUUGGUGGUUGGGUGAGUAGUUUGUGGGCUGGAGGGUGAGUGGAAGAGAGAGGCAGGGGCCAUUCCAGGGGUAUACGUGUGAGCUCGGGAGUGGAGACAGCCUAGGCACUAAUGACAAGUUUUGUUCCUCUAUUCUUCGCUUUAAAAUAUGCAGGUUAAGAUUAUAAGAGCCGAGUGCGGCUUCAGGGGUGCAGUCUUAUAGGAACACUGCAGGGCGAGGCAUUGACAGGAUGCUGCUGGUUUUCUCUCACUGAACACAUGGCAGGGAAAGAAAAAGAGGAAGUUUGACACAGUUUCAGGGGAAUCCGGCGUUGCGGUGGCGGAGGAACAGUUCCUCCAAUGGCAUAGUGGUGAGAUCUACACAUUUCACGGUUCCGCUGAUUGCCAAAAAGAAAAAAACGGGAUCAAAGUUUGCCGACAUGCUGUGACAAUCAGGUGUGCUGGAAGGGAGUCGGCAGGGAAAAUGUCUGCCUGCACUCUGCAGAUGGAGGGUUGAAUUGCCUGGGAACUUUUAUCGGCUCUGGAAGACUUUUACCUCGGUGAUUGUGUGUGUCCAAGGUUGUGCGGUUUGCAAGACAAGGCCAGUCAUUUGUCUUGACUCCAUGGGCUGAGAACGGGCAAGCCGAGGGGACGGGACGAGCCAAACCCUCUAUCAAGACCUGAUCUAUUUCCACCAACAGUUUAGUGUAUUCAUGAGGUUACACUAAUGUGGAGGCAGCAAAAUUACUGUAAUCAGUUGAAACAGCGAGUGUGCAUCCAUCGCUACGAUCAUUUGGAGAUAAUCUAUCAGCCCGACGUCUAUGUAACGAGGAAAGGGGGGCACUAAAUUACUGUCGAGUUUCACUGAGAAGUCCAUGAUUAUUGGAUAAGGGAGUUUGGUCAGUGACAAUUCACAUCCUCUGAAAUCCUUUUUCUUUUUUUUUUUUGUACCUGACAAAAGGAGGCGAGCCUCCGGUCCAGGAGGAUAAUCCGAGCAUGGAGGUUAGGUACAACCAAGAGACAGAAGCAAUGGUACUGAAGAACAGACUAAAGGAGGGAAAGGACAGUAAAGAUUCCCAAGGCAACCUAUCCAAAGGCUUCCUUAAGGAACAGCAGGAUUCCUUUUCACCGUCUGGGAACAUGGACAACUGUGAGAAGAACAGGGGGAACGCGGGGGAUCCCGACUACUGUCGGAGAAUCCUUGUCCGAGAUGCUAAAGGCUCUAUCCGAGAAAUCAUCCUGCCAAAAGGUUUGGAUCUGGACCGGCCAAAGCGAACGCGCACCUCCUUCACUGCAGAGCAGCUUUAUCGCUUAGAGAUGGAGUUUCAGAGGUGUCAGUAUGUGGUCGGGAGGGAGCGGACCGAACUGGCCCGUCAGCUCAAUCUCUCUGAAACUCAGGUAAAAGUGUGGUUUCAGAACCGCCGCACAAAGCAGAAGAAGGACCAGGGGAAGGACUCGGAGUUGCGCUCGGUGGUUUCGGAGACGGCCGCCACGUGCAGCGUGCUCAGACUGCUGGAGCAGGGGCGGCUGCUGACUCCGCCGGGCCUGCCGGGCCUCCUGCCCCACUGCGGCUCUGCCCUGCGCCCCCCCUCCAUCGCCAUGGCCAGCAACAGCAGCAGUAGCAGCAGCAGCAGCGGAGGCAGCACUGGGACGGCUGGCGGCAGCCCUCCGCUGCCUGCCGUCACCUCGUCAGGGACGGUGGCGGGGCUGCAGAGCCCGCCGUCCGCUCACGGCUUUUUCAGCUUCCCAAUGCCGUCCAUUCUCAGUGGCGUGGCCACCCGCAUUUCGUCCAAUCCCCUCUCCAUGGCCGGCUCGCUGGCUGGCAACCUGCAGGAGCUUUCUGCACGCUACCUGAGCUCCUCUGCCUUUGAGCCUUACUCGCGGACCAAUGGCAAAGAAUCCAUGGACAAGAAGACUCUGGAAUGAUGGUUUGUGGUUUUGCUCUCGUACGGAUUCCUGUUUGCUUCUGGAAGCGUUUCAUUAGAUUUAUUAGCUGUUCCCAUCUUUGUUUGGUUUUUACCAAGUGUCUGUCAUUUGUCAGUGUCACCUUCUCUAACAAGCUUAUGUAUUCCUGCACUUCUGGCACCUUGUACAAGGAGCGAAGGAGGAACCAAGAAAACAAACGACAUUCGCUCGCCAAACAAAAAACGGAUGUCAGUGAAAGGACUUUGCACAAAUCUUCACACAAAUAUUUAUACGGAAACAGAAAGGCAGGGUGAGUUGGAUGCAAAAAAAUCUUUACUUUUUUUUUUUGGUUAAAGAAAUGAUCUCUCUGCCACACAUUCUGAAUUAACACAGCCAGUCUGAAGCAUAAAAAGGUCCAGGCCAGUGAAAGCAAGCGCUUUACGCUGCUGCACAGCAGCAAAGUCUCAGACAGGCAGUAGAAUAUGUAAGGUAAUUGGCACUCUAUCUAAACUGCGUUUCACCCGUCAGAAUUGUUGGUUCGAUGCAGCACGUCGCGGCGAGAAGACGCAGGGCAGAAAUAGCCGAGCAGCGAAGCAGCUUGUGUGAUCUAGUGAGCCCAUCGGAGCGUUUAAAACCUAUUUGCGGAGGCGCGAAUGAAUAAAACGGGAGUUUCUGAGGGAGGAGGAAAGCGCCUCCGAGUGAAAGCUGCUGCACAGCCAGUCUCAAACUCAUAAUCCAGCGCUUUUGACGCACAGACGCAGGUUGGGUUUUCUAAUGCUUCAGGAUGAACCAGCUUGUAGAGACAAUGUGAUCAUGUGGAAUGUUCACUGUUAUUUUUCUGUUUUGUGACGAUUUUAACAGCAUUACUCUUCUCUGCUGAAUUUUUGCCACCAGAAAUGCAGUACGCCUAUUAUUAUUAUUAUUAUUUUUCCCCCCCUUUUGUUUUUGUAAAUGCUAUUUUACCCCCCACUGUGUUCCUGAGAUUAAUGCAGGUGUGUGUCCUGUGCCAGUGACAGGAGCAGACACACACACCUGAGAGGAGACAAUGUAAGCCGCGUCGUUUUGGAGGAAAGGUUUCCGACAAUACAGUCCCAUCUCCUGUCUUGAAAAGAAAAAAAAAACAAGCAAAAAAUAAAGUUGAAGUUCAGACAAGAGAGUGAAUGCUACUGCUGUUGUGUAAAAACACCGAUUGAGAAUUGUACCAUAAAGUUGUUAUUUUAUUGUAAAAUAUCGACAUCUGUAAUUAAUUGAUGAUUUGUAUAGUUGGGGAAAGUAAUGUAUGGAUGAAUGUUUUAGCGUGGUUGAUAAACCAAUCUAAAGGUUAUUGGUGCUGUUGUUGUGAAAUAUCUUAAACAUUUGUGAAACGUGUUUUAAACAAAUGUGCCUAUAUGAUAUGUAA